AUGAACCAUUUAAAUCACUAUGUAUCCUACCUUACCAGAUACCCCAGACUCCUCGCCUCAGUGCUUCUCAUAGGCGCUCCAGUCGCGAAUCUGUUCUAUAUGCACUGGUCCCUCUCUAGAUUCGUAAACCAUGGGAAAGAACUUAAACCUCUUACCCCUUCCAUCAAGAAGACUGUUUCAUCUAUCCCAGAAGAGGCUCUCUCAUCGGACCAUGUCAUGUUUCACGAUUGGGCACAACGAUCAAUACCAGCCUCCAAAGUGCCUGAUCUCAGCUCCGACGAGCUGGUCAUUUUGUUCCUCAGACACACCAUGAAACUCUUCGCUCGUCUGCCUCAAGCCUACAUCAUGAAAGCUAUAGCCAGUCCUGAGCAGCGCAGGACAUUCGAGCCUUCGUACAUCAAUACUCUCGACUUCAAAGUUGGAGACGUAGUCCAUGCUAUGUAUCGAGUGAUAGCGCGCAGUGAAGGGAAAGUCGAGUUUGAGAUGACUCCAUUAGUGGGUGUUAUGAAGGGCGGCAGGUUGGUUGUUACGGUUGAGAAGAAGGGAGAUGAAUUGGUUUGUGGGAAUGAGACGGUGGUGUGGAAGAAUGCUGGGGAGAAGGAGUUGAUGCAUUUGGAGAAAGGGAUUGUGAAGUGGUUUCAUGAGAUUGCUUCGUGGCGGUUGUUGAGAGCUGGGACGAAGUAUCUGAUGGAUUUGAAGAAGAAGAAGGAAAAAGAGCUAUGA